UAUAUCAAGAUACCUAAGAUUCCUAACAUUUAACCUAUUUACCAUUACCAAGCUCUUGAUAGAAUCAUCUGUCUGACUUACUCAAGCAAACAUGUUAGGCCUCCUCGUCACUUUCUUCAACCGCGACAAGGCCGCUACAGCCGAGACGGGAGAAGAGUCACGGACAUUUAAGGCGAGGUGUCACUGCGGGAACGUACAAUACUCAGUCGUACUCCCAGCUUCGAGUCUGCCAUUGCACGCACAUAUCUGUUCAUGCACAUUAUGCCGAUACUCGCACGGCAGUUUCGGAUGUUUCCACGUCUCGCUGACGCAAGGCGUGACGCCGGAGUGGACCAACGGCACCGUCAACCUGUCCAUAUACAAGACUCAGGGCAGCGGUCCCGGUGGCCACGGACAGCGUUGGUUCUGUCCCACUUGCGGAACGCAUAAUGGGCACUACGAGCCCUGGGCUAUGCAGUGGGUCGUGGACAUUGCGCUUUUUGACGAGCCGAGCUUCUGGGAGAUGACGGCCUUAGCGUUUCCAACGUCCCCCGGGGACGGCGGCUUGAUGUCCUGGAUUUCGAGUCCGGUUAGUAAGGGCUUAAAGAUACUCACCGUAGAUCGUGAUAUCGCGCCCGAUAAUGAGCUCGAAAUUGGUGAGGACGGCGAGGAGAGACUGCGCGCGGAGUGCCAGUGCGGCGGGGUUUCUUUCACGAUCGGGAGGCCGUCGGAUGUAGUAAAAAACGAUGAAUUCAUGAGCCGAUUUAUCGCGCCGGGAGACCCGCAGAAGUGGAAAGCGUAUCUCGAUUUCGACAAAGAUACUCGAUGGCUCUCUAGCGUUUAUUUCAUGCCCUGGGCUCUGGUCCCACGGAUCUCGUUAGAACCAGAGGUGCCGCCGAGUCUGCUCGUCGGGACGAUGAAGACAUAUAAGGUAUCAGAGAAAAUCACGAAAGGAUUCUGUGGACGCUGUGGCGCCACCGUGUUCCUCCAGAAUAAGGAUAGGAGCCCCUCGGAACAGAGCGAGGUGCUUGGUAUUGCAGUAGGUCUCUUCAGAGCACCUGAGGGUGCAAAAGCAACGAAUUGGGUUAAAUGGAGGGUCGUGCCUGAACGGGAAUUAGGAAAGACGGAAUUCGACCCCGAGUUUGUGAAUGCUAUUGUAGAAGGUCAAAGGGCAUGGGCAGUAGAGAAGUAUGGAGAAGCGCUGGACUUCGAUAUCAUAUAAUGUGGUAUAAGACCUUGAUAAAUAUAAACAAGUUAGAUUUAAACUCUUAACUACCUGUUAUAAGACACUUUAUGUUGUGUUACCUUAUACCAUGCUCAUAUAAUAUAUCACAUUUAGAGCUAUGCUAUAGAAGAUGAUUGACCAAUCAAUGGCAUUCAAUUACACCCUCUAAUAA